AAUUACUCGAACACGUCGCAAAACGUAAACAUCAUCUAGUUCUCCGUUUCUUUUUCUUUUCCGGAUCAUGUUCCCACUAUGGCUAGCAAACUAUUCACCAUCGCACUAGUGGUUGCUUUAGCAGCGACCUUGAUUAAUAUCUACGUGAAAAGACAGGGCGAGACUCGGUACCUGUUCCACACAGAAUGGUAUGACCCAGUGUCUGCGACUGUCCGGAAAUUCCUCCUGAGUUUUUUCCCACGAGAUAAUGCCGUGGAAAUGUAUGAUUUGCGGUCCCAGCGUCUGUUUUUAAAGCGCUUGGCCAUUGAGGGGUUAGAUGAAAAGGAUUUUUAUCUUGGCAAUACCAUAGUUGUGCUUUCAAGACAGUUGAAGAUCACAGAAUAUGCCGAUUCCACAACCAGGGAAAUCAUAAGCUCUAAGAGGCAGAGAACCUUUGCAAUGGUGAAACCCGACGCAGUACACAGACUAGGGGAAGUCAUCGAUGUGAUCCAGAGCCGGAACUUUGAGGUGAGCCAGAUGAAGAUGGUGCAGCUGACACGAGCUCAAGCGGGACUGUUUUACCGCGAGCAUGAAGGCCGGCCGUUUUUUGAGCCCCUCCUUGACUACGUAACAAGUGGCCCAGUUGUAGCCAUGGAGCUGAUCACAACUAAUGCAGUGCAGCGAUGGAGGGAGACCUUAGGCCCUACAGACGCAGAACUAGCAAGACGAGAGGCACCCGACACCAUCCGCGCCAAGUUUGGGAAGGAUAAACAGUCAAAUGCGGCCCAUGGCUCGGAUUCUGAUGUUGCAGCCACUAGGGAAAUUGAGUUCUUCUUCCCUUCCUCCAAAGUUCAUGACAUAAUGGUACCCCAGACAACAGCACGAUUCCUGAAUAAUACAUGUUGCAUUAUUAAACCCCAUGCAAUAGCAGAGGGUAAUAUGGGCAGCAUACUCAAAGCGAUAAAAGAUGAGGGAUUUGAGGUGUCAGCUCUCCAGAUGUUCCGCAUGGAUAAAAUUCAGGCAGAGGAGUUUUUGGAGGUGUACAAAGGCGUAGUCAGUGAAUAUCCAGGUAUGCUACAACAGUUGAUCUCGGGUCCUUCAGUUGCCAUAGAGAUCACGAGCAUCCACGCAGGGCAGACUCCAGUUAAAUUUAGGGAAUUCGUAGGACCAGCUGAUCCAAUUGUGGCCAAAGAGUUACGGCCCAACAGUCUAAGAGCUCGAUUUGGCGAAAACACGGUCAAGAAUGCCCUUCAUUGCUCUGAUUUGCCGGAUGAUGGUCCCCUUGAGGUGGAAUAUUUCUUCAAAAUUCUCCAGUGAUUUUGUUUUCAGCACAUAUGGUACAUGCAUUCCAGUGCAGUUUUCAGUGACUGCCAUUUUUAUAUAUUUGCAAUAAAUGUAUAUCAGUGUAUUUGGAGGAUCUCCCCUUUUUGCUAACUGUUUAAUGUCCUUCACAAAGUAUGUUAUACUGUUAAUGAUAUUUUGUUAUAAAUCCAUCAGAUCUAGGUGCAUUACUGCCUGCACAGGGCCCAAAUUUGCGCAUUAUGCUCACUUUAGCAGCAACUCUCACAGGUGUGCAGCUUAUAGGCCUGGCUGACACAAAUAUUCAUGUGUGGUAUCUAGACUCCUUUGCUCCCCUUUGCAAGGUUAAUAUCUCAUUUUUUACGUGAGCAUUUUGUCUUAUUCAUUUUCACCCCCCAGUCAAAAUUUCUCAUGACAGCAUGUUCCUAUACUCUAGCCUUCCAUCAAAUUUUUUUGUGAUGUGUUGGUCACAUCACCAAGUUAAAUAUAGGGUUUCAGAACAAGCUGGUGUUGCCUUUUUCCUGGUUUAUUUAAUAAAUUAUAUAUAUUCUAAGUUGUUUAUUAUUAUUAUCAAUAUCAUUAUUAUCAUCAAUAUCAUUAAUCAUUAUCAACUAUAUUCAUUAUUGAUACAAUCAUUAUUAAAAUACUAACACUACAACUACAACUUCAACUACUACUACUACUCCAACUACUACUAAUCAUCAUCAUGAUAUUUUUUAAUACCACCAUUAUCAGCCUUUACCAAUUUUUACAUAGUAUUAAAAAGGGCAAUGGUCAUUGGAAAUUGAAGGUGCUUAUAUUGAAACCUUAUGUAAGAUCUUAGGGAAUCAUAUAUUGAACAAAGUCUCAUUGCCGUUUGAUUGUUACAUGGAUCUGUAGUCAAAAAGGAUUCCUUAAAAUAAUAUAGAAUUAUCAUGGAAAUCUUCAUAGGCAUAUUUUUUUUUUUUGUAUUAUUCCAAAUAUGUUAGUUUUUGUGUGUUUCUGGAGAUGCAGCUCAAAAUUUAAGCUACAUUUAUAACGCCUUUAUUAGGUAGUUUGACUUUUUUCUUUCCUUUGUAUGUGAAAAUUAUUUAGCUUGUGUUUUAAUAUAUUUAUGCUAUGUAGUGCUAGAUUCAUAUCACUUAAAACAUAAUUGUUUUUAUAGUUUUGCCUGGUAAAAUAGAAGACCUGAAUAUAGUACUCUUGUAAGGUGUUUACAAAAGAAAUACUGAAAACCGAUGCCAACCAAAACAAUGUGUUCAGCAAUGGAAAAUAUACACCAUUAGGUUAUUAGUUCUCCAGGACCAAAUAUUUUGUGAAGCUCUCAUAAGUUAUUGAAAAAUACCAGCAUGUCUUCUAUUUUGUGUGUCAUUUGUUGACUUUAUGUAAAAUUCAACAGAUGAGAUAAUUUGAAGGUUUAAGCUUAUUAAUUAUCAAUAACCUAUCAUCUUUAUCAGAUUACUUAAAUUUUCAUAGUUAUUUAAUUAAGAUAUAAGACGCAUCUUACGUGGACCAAAGAUAUUCCAGCUGACCAAACUAAUGUAUGGAAGUUUUCAUUCUUAUCCUUUGACUAGGCAACUUUUAUAAUGUUGGCUCUGUAUUGCAAAGAAAGUAGAGACUGCACUUUAGUUGCUAGUCAAAGGUGCAUAUUUAUUCUACAUGUGGACAAUUUUUUCCUGCAUUUGGAUAUUGAUUCAAGUUGAAAGUAAAAUGAAAUUAGAA